AUGCCUCCGAAGAAGUCCAGAGCCAGGCUGGAUGCUGUAUACAAGUUUCCGGAUGGAUUCAUCAACUUGUCAGUGAAUUUGAACAAGCUGUUCUUCAAACCGCAACCAGAAACCCUUAUAGAAGAUCAAAUAGUUGUCAUAGAGAAAUUCUUUGCAAGCGAUCUUUGCAAUGAGUUGAUACGCUCUUUCGAGAAGCAGCUCACUUUGGAAACAACCCCUAUUAUCAAGAGUAAGGAGUAUGCUGUGCGUUUCAACGAUAGGUGCUCCUUGACAGACUUCAAAUCCGCCGAGAUUCUCUGGAACUAUCUUAGAAGCUUGCUUCUUCAGCAAACUGAAUAUGAAGAUGAAGAGAUAGACAAGAUCAAGGACAAUUUCUCUGCUGCUUGUGGUUUGAAUCCACAAUUAAGGAUAUAUCGUUACCGAAGUGGACACCAUUUCAAUCCGCAUUACGACGAAUCUGUCGUAUGUCCUUUGAACGACAAAGGGACAUCCAAAGGGAAGACCAAAUGGACUUUGUUGAUCUACUUGACAGGAGACGAAGAGUUUAAAGGGGGUGGCACCAUCUUCCAUUCUGAAAUGGGUGGCACGGAGUCACUUAAUAUCCAUCCUGGUAAGGGGAUGGCGCUAUUACAUAAACAUGGAGACGACUGUCUUCUACACGAAGCUGAGUUGGUGAAGUCUGGGGUGAAAUGGGUGCUAAGAAGUGAUGUAGCAUACCCUCUAUAA